GGCGCUGCCGGAAGCGGGUGCGGGCCGAGCGCAGCGAGCGGCGCUCCCGGUCCCGUGUGGCCGCGGCCCCGUGGCGCCGGCGGCCUGAGGGAGUGGCGCUCCCCGACAUGUCUGCCGGGCUCUCGGCGCAGGUGUUGUUUGGAUUGUAGCAUAGAGGCACUAUGUACUCAGAGUGGAGAUCCUUGCAUCUUGUCAUUCAAAAUGAUCAGGGGAAUACCAGUGUACUUCACAGCUAUCCUGAGAAUGUGGGGAGAGAAGUGGCAAAUGCAGUGGUGCGUCCUCUUGGACAGGCUUUAAUUACAUCAUCUGUUGGAAGUGAGAGUUUACUAAAAACAGACAAAGAAGUAAAAUGGACUAUGGAGGUGGUUUGUUAUGGACUGACCCUCCCUUUGGACGGCGAUACUGUGAAAUACUGUGUGGAUGUGUAUACAGAUUGGAUUAUGGCUCUUGUGUUACCUAAGGACUCUAUUCCUUUACCUGUUAUUAAGGAACCAAACCUUUAUGUUCAAAGCAUUCUCAAACAUCUCCAAAAUCUCUUUGUACCAAGGCCAGACCCAGGAUCCAGUCAGAUCAGACUGUGCUUGCAGGUUUUGAAAGCUGUCCAGAAGCUGGCGCAUGAGUCAACAAUUAUGGCAAGAGAAACCUGGGAGGUUUUGUUAUUAUUUCUUCUUCAGAUCAAUGACACUCUUCUAGCAGCUCCAACUGUGCAAGGUGGCAUUGCUGAGAAUCUGGCUGAAAAAUUAAUUGGCGUGCUGUUUGAGGUCUGGUUACUGGCUUGCACGCGGUGCUUUCCAACACCUCCGUACUGGAAAACUGCCAAAGAGAUGGUGGCCAACUGGCGACAUCAUCCUGCAGUAGUUGAGCAGUGGAGCAAGGUCAUCUGUGCCCUUACUUCCAGGUUGCUGCGUUUUACAUACGGACCUUCAUUUCCUCCUUUCAAAAUUCCCGAUGAAGAUGCUGGUCUGAUUCCUCUGGAAAUGGAUAAUGAGUGCGUUGCACAAACGUGGUUUCGCUUUUUACAUAUGCUGAGUAAUCCUGUGGAUUUGAGUAACCCAGCCAUUAUUAGCUCUACCCCCAGAUUUCAGGAGCAGUUUCUGAAUGUGAGUGGGAUGACUCAAGAACUGAAUCAGUACCCCUGCCUUAAACAUCUGCCUCAAAUAUUCUUUCGUGCCAUGCGUGGAAUCAGCUGUUUAGUGGAUGCAUUCCUAGGCAUUUCCCGACCCCGGGCAGACAGCGCCCCGCCCACGCCAGUGAACAGGCUGAGCAUGCCCCAAAGCACCGCUACCAACACCACUCCGCCCCACAACCGGCGGCACCGCGCCGUGACCGUCAACAAAGUGACCAUGAAAACCAGCACUGUAACUACUGCACAUGCUUCCAAAGUGCAGCACCAACCCUCUUCUACUUCUCCACUCUCUAGCCCAAACCAGACAAGCUCUGAGCCUCGGCCGCUGCCAGCUCCUCGCAGGCCAAAGGUUAACAGCAUCUUGAACCUCUUUGGAUCGUGGUUGUUUGAUGCAGCAUUUGUUCACUGUAAACUUCAUAAUGGAAUAAACAGAGACAGCAGCAUGACUGCAUCUUUUAUCCAAAUUCUUCUUUCUUAUAAAUCUUCUAUAGCAACGCAGGCUAGUGUGGAGUUCCGCCGGAAAGGAUCCCAAAUGUCCACUGACACUAUGGCUUCCAACCCCAUGUUUGAUGCAAGUGAAUUCCCAGACAACUAUGAAGCAGGAAGGGCAGAGGCGUGCGGGACACUGUGUAGGAUAUUUUGUAGCAAGAAGACUGGGGAGGAAAUAUUACCAGCUUACCUAUCCCGAUUUUACAUGCUUUUAAUUCAGGGUUUGCAGAUAGCAGAUUUCAUUUGCCACCCGGUUCUUGCCAGUGUUAUUCUAAACUCCCCUCCUCUGUUCUGCUGUGACCUGAAAGGCAUUGAUGUUGUGGUUCCCUACUUCAUUUCGGCUCUGGAGACUAUUUUACCUGACAGGGAACUCUCAAAGUUUAAAAUCUAUGUAAACCCCACAGAGCUAAGAAGAGCUUCUAUUAACAUCUUGCUGUCUCUGUUGCCUCUCCCUCAUCAUUUUGGAACAAUAAAGUCUGAGGUUGUCCUGGAAGGGAAAUUCAGCAAUGAUGAAAGCUCAGCGUAUGAUAAACCAGUAACAUUCCUGUCCUUGAAGCUGAGGCUUGUGAACAUCCUUAUAGGAGCUUUGCAAACGGAAACUGAUCCCAACAACACUCAAAUGAUACUAGGUGCAAUGUUAAAUAUUGUUCAGGAUUCAGCACUGCUAGAAGCCAUUGGCUGUCAGAUGGAAACAAAUGGUGGUGAAAACAACCUCUUCAAAAGCCACAGCCGCACCAACAGUGGCAUUAGCACUGCAAGCGGUGGCAGCACCGAGCCCACGACACCCGACAGCGAGCGGCCAGCACAGGCCCUCCUGAGGGAUUAUGAUACAGCUGCUGGAUUGCUGAUCCGCAGCAUUCACCUGGUAACCCAAAGGCUCAACUCGCAGUGGAGGCAGGACAUGAGUAUCUCCCUGGCUGCCCUGGAGCUGCUCUCUGGACUGGCAAAGCACUCGCGCGACCUGCACUCCAUGAUCGUGGCGGCCUUCCAGUGCCUCUGCGUGUGGCUCACCGAGCACCCCGACAUGCUGGACGAGAAGGACUGUUUAAAAGAGGUACUGGAGAUUGUGGAGCUGGGUAUUUCAGGAAGUAAAUCCAAAAACAGUGAGCAGGAGGUCAAGUACAAAGGAGAUAAGGAGCCAAACCCUGCAUCCAUGCGAGUGAAGGAUGCUGCUGAAGCUACAUUGACAUGCAUUAUGCAGUUACUUGGAGCAUUUCCUUCUCCCAGUGGUCCUGCUUCUCCUUGCAGCUUGGUGAAUGAAACCACGUUAAUUAAAUAUUCCCGUCUCCCUACCAUAAACAAGCACAGCUUCCGUUACUUUGUUUUGGACAACAGUGUCAUCCUGGCCAUGUUGGAGCAGCCUCUAGGGAAUGAACAGAAUGACUCUUUCCCCUCUGUCACGGUGUUGAUCCGUGGGACAUCUGGAAGAUUUGCGUGGGCCCAGCAACUCUGUCUUUUACCAAGAGGAGCUAAAGCAAAUCAAAAGACAUUUGUACCAGAACCUAGACCAGCUCCCAAAAAUGAUGUUGGGUUGAAACACAGUGUGAAACAACGCCCUUUUCCUGAAGAAGUGGACAAGAUUCCAUUUGUGAAAGCUGACUUGAGCAUUCCAGAUUUACAUGAAAUUGUGAAUCAGGAACUUGAAGAGCGCCAUGAGAAGCUGAGGAAUGGCAUGGCUCAGCAGAUUGUCUUUGAGACUUCCAUAGAUCAGAGGAGUGAAGAGGAGUGGCGGAAGAAGAGCUUUCCCGACCCCAUCACGGAGUGCAAGCCCCCGCCGCCGGCGCAGGAGUUCCAGACAGCGCGUCUGUUCCUCUCGCACUUCGGGUUCCUCUCCUUAGAGGCGUUGAAGGAACCUACUAACAGUCGUCUACCUCCUCACCUGAUUGCACUUGACUCUGCUCUUCCUGGGUUUUUUGAUGACCUUGGCUACUUGGAUUUGUUACCGUGUCGUCCUUUUGAUACUGUUUUCAUUUUCUACAUGAAGGCAGGCCAGAAAACUAGCCAGGAGAUCCUGAAGAACAUGGAGUCUUCCAGAAUUGUUCAGCCUCACUUCCUGGAGUUCUUGCUGUCUCUUGGCUGGUCUGUUGAUGUUGGGAAGCACCCUGGGUGGACUGGUCAUGUCUCAACAAGCUGGUCAAUCAAUGGCUGCAGUGAUGAAGAGGGACCUGAACAAGAUGAUCUAACUAUCUCAGAAGAUGUUGGGGCAAGUAUCUUCAAUGGGCAGAAGAAGGUGCUGUAUUAUGCAGAUGCCCUGACAGAAAUCGCCUUUGUUGUCCCAUCACCAGUGGAAUCACUGACUGAUUCACUGGAAAGCAGUGUUUCUGACCAAGAAAGUGACUCCAACAUGGAUCUGCUGCCAGGAAUAUUGAAGCAGCAGCCUCUGACACUUGAACUCUUCCCCAAUCAUACAGACAAUCUUAAUCCCUCCCAGCGGCUCAGUCCUACUGCUAGAUCCAAGAGGAUGCCUCAGGGCCGGACCAUCCCCCCAAUGGGGCCUGAAACCAAAGUGUAUGUGGUCUGGGUGGAGCGCUAUGAUGAUAUAGAAAACUUCCCCCUCCCUGAUCUGCUAUCUGAGACUAGCACUGGUGUGGAAACCACAGCCAAUAGUAGCACUUCCCUGAGAUCUACCAUUCCUGAGAAGGAAGUUCCUGUGAUCUUCAUCCAUCCUCUAAACACUGGCUUAUUCAGGAUAAAACUACAAGGAGCAACUGGGAAAUUCAACAUGGUUAUCCCACUGGUGGAUGGAAUGAUAGUCAGUAGGAGAGCUCUUGGUUUUCUAGUGAGACAGACAGUAAUAAAUAUUUGUCGGAGAAAGAGGCUGGAAAGUGACUCAUACAACCCCCCCCACGUCCGCCGAAAACAGAAAAUCGCAGAUAUUGUCAAUAAAUACCGGAACAGGCAGCUGGAGCCAGAGUUUUAUACCUCACUUUUCCAGGAGGUUGGGCUCAAGAACUGCAACCCCUAGGUCAUUAUCUUCCAGGACAAUUGGAUCAGAGGUUGGUGGCUACACGAAUGAAAACAGUUAAAUAACAACAACAAAUUUUCUCAGCCCUCCGGAAUUCAGGAAAUCAUGUUCUAGCACAAGUCAGCAGAUACCACGUGGGAGGAAUGAGAAAUGAAUCUGAAACAUAGCAGUUGGGAUAUUGAAUUGAUUCACCUACCCUCAGAAGAUUACUGAAUUCUAGUCUUCCUGGAUGCUAGCAAAAUAAUCUCUUCACCCAGUCAUCCUUUCCCGACUAAUUAGGAACUGUAGGUGUCUUGCUCUGAGGGGAAAACAAUCAAAGUAAAGCCAUCUCUGCAUAUGAGGAUGGAAAUAAGAAUACAAACCAACCUGCCUUAGAUGCCUUGCUGCACCCACGUGUCCAAGGGCAAGAAAGCAGGAUCUUUCCUUGGAGGAGGAGUCUGUUCCAGAGCAUUAACUUCCCCUGUAAGAACUUCAAAGACAUUUUGAGUCCCCCUUCAGUGCUCCACAGAAAAUCCUUCACUGAGUGUAACCCAUCUGUGUACCAGAGGCCGGAGGAGGAAGAUGGCUUGGGAGAAGCAGGCCCUGAAAGCCAAAGCCCAGAUGCUGUAUGUGGCCACUCCCACCAGGGCUCCAAGUGAGUCCAUCUGCAUACGAGACAACCACCAUCACCUGAAAUUAACUGACUUUCCAGAAAGAGUUAUUAUUGGAUAGAGCUUUUGAUUCUAUAAAAGCGAGGUUAUGACUUUCAGAUCUGUUGCAAAAUGUCACAUUUUAUUUCAGUAGCUUGAUUUUUAUUUUUUAAUUCCUUUUUUAAUGCAACUACUUAAUUUAUUUUCAAGUGUCUGUGUCACCUCCUCACCAUUUCCAUAAAAAGCAUAAACAUCACUUGCCUUCGUUCCAUUGGAUUGAAAUCUGAGAUUUUGGGGCUGCCUCCUCCCUGUUAUUUAUAGCAUGAGCAGUUUUUGCAGCUUCUACAACUUUUUUCAGAAGCUCCUGUUAAACAGACUAAACAACUCAAAAAGAAAAUUCACGAAUUCAUCUUUUCCCUAUUAAUUCAAAUGCCAUGAAAGCCCCUUUGGAGUUAUAAUUCACAUUGUUUUGAAUCUCCAGUAUGUUCUCAUGUUCGGCAGCAGUGCAUCCCUUCCACCUAGGUCAGGAGUUUUCUUUUUCAGCCUGUGGCUUUGGUGUGUUCAGGACCCAAAGAAUGUGCUGGGACAAGAAGUUUACAGCCAGGGUUGGGCUCUCAGAGGUGUGGUGGGUGCAGGCAGCCCUGGGAGCCCCUCUGGAUCCCGGCCCAUCCCAGCUGCUGCUGCAGAGAUAGAGAGUGUGCAGCUCCCAAAUUCCUGGGAUCUGCAGCUUGGCAGCAGCAGCAGGAUCCUCAUGCUUCCAGCACCAGGUAAGGGAAGAGAAUGAGUGAGCAGGAAUUUGGGGAGCUCUUCACAUUCUUUUCAAAGUGGUUUUAAUAACAGUGCUCUGCAUUGCAGUAAUACUUGUCAGGCAUUGGAUUUUGAUAUUUCAGAUCUACUUUUUGCAACAGUUCUGACCUGAAGCAGUCUUAAUUGUUUCAUUACAGCUUAUCUGCCAAGGACAGACCUCGCUCCUGGCUUUCCUUGUGGUUUGUCACAGAGUUCAUGGAAACAGGCCCCUAAAAAUACACGUGAAAGGACUGAGGUGGUCAACCAAGGUGAUGUGUGCUUGUUGCAGGGAACAAGUGCACUGGCUUCUCAAUUCAGGAGCUCUGGAAUUUGAUCCAGAUGAAUAAAAAGUGAAAAAAUGAAAUCACCCAAAGAAAACGCCUGUAUCAGGAUGUGUGCUGGCUGGCCCAUUCCUGUGUGCUGCCCAGGUGGCAGAAGGAGCUCCAGGGCAGUGUUUGGGCACAUUGGCCAAGCUGUGCAGGGACCUUGGACAGCCUCAUUCCUCUGCCAAACUCUUGCCAGGAGCAAUUUAAUGCACGGGCGCUGAAUUUACCCUCACUGUGUUUGUACCUAUGAGAGCUAAUUAAUGGCCAAACACACUUGAGCCCACUGGUGUAAAAGGCAUGAGCAAUGCAUGUGUAACCAAUAAACAUCCUGAGCAACCCCUGUGUCUGCACACUGAUAGUGUAAAAGCAACCCCACCUGCCACGGCUGAUGCAGCACAGCUGCCAGGCAGUCAGGGGCAGUCACAAAUGCAGAUGGGCCUUGGGGCAAACCCAAGUUUGAGUGGUUUCUGACAGGGAUAGUCAAGUAGACUGCCUGAAGAUUUACUUUCUUUAAAAGGACCUGUGCUUGGCUGAAGGGUUGUCUUGGGUCUAUUUCCAUGCUCACCUAAAGACACCCAUGGGAGCAGUAACAGCUGUGAGAGCCAAUGACUUGGCAGGAGUCUGGAAAGAAGGGAACUUGGGCACGUUGUGGCUACUCCCAGUGCCAGGGAUGGAUGUAUCAUGUAUCAGUAGUGUUGUAGAACCAGCUGGUGAGCAGGUUACAGGUGCUGUGACAUGGCUGUGUGUGGUGGGAUUGGCUCUCUGGAAAGUUGAGCCUUUGGGAAAAUCACAGUUCAGUAUAAAAAUGUGAUGCAAAAUUGUGCUGCCAGCCCUCAUGGUUUCGGUGCUGGUCACAGCAGUGGGCACCCUGGGCAGACUGUGCCAGUGCAGAGGUGCCUGCAGGGACUGUCACUCCUUCCCCAGGAUGUGUGGAGGUCUCAGGCUUCAUAACAAAAUGCACCCAACCAGUUUGAGAAUUAUAUCCAUCCCCUCAAAGUCUGACUGAAUUCCAAUGGCUUUAGCUAGUCCAGGGUACUGUCUUAGAGCUUUUCCCAUGAAGGGUCAGAGCAAAUGAGGUUUAUUUCCAUGAUGACUUGCAAGAGUUAUCCAAGAAUCUAGAUUUUUUUUUUAUAUAUCACAAACUGCUGCAUAGAAUUCCUGACUUGAUGCUUGGGUGGCUUGGGUCAGCAUCCCUGUCCAUCAUAGGGGAUGAGGGCUGCCCCCACCCCUCCACCUGCAAGUGUUCCACCCAGGGAUGCUUUUCAUCCAGCCUUUCAGUUUGAGUUCAUAAUUCUGUUUAAACAGAGCAGGAGGUGACCACUGUCACAUUGUUAAACACAGUGUUGAAUUUACUUUUUAGUACCUUAAUAGAGACUUUUAAAGAAAAGCCAUUCUUUUAAAGGUACUUCUAGGAAGGCAUUAGAACCUUAGAGCAAGUAGGAGAGGGAGGACAGUGCCUGUGGAAUUGGUGCAUCUGUGGGUAGCAGUGUGCAGGGCUGGAGGGAGGAGCAGCCCUGGCCAUGCCUGCUGGGUGCUCUGUAGGUCACAGAGUUUCUUUUCACAAGGUUCUGCAUGCCCAGGAGGAGGAGAAAACUAAAUUUCAGCCUCACAGACAAAUUUGAUGCAUUUUCCUGAUUGUGUAAUUGAGUGAUACCUUUGAAGGCAAACACAGCCCUUUUCCCCAUGGAUUUAGCAGGAGCAAUUAGAAGUGAGAAUGCCAGAUAUCAUGUGCUUCAAUCAUAGACAAUUUGUAUGAAUUCCUAUAUGUUGCCAAGACAUGAACGUUCUGUUCUUACUGUAUUUUUCUGUAAAUAUUCCUGGCGCUAAGUUGUAAAGUAAAGGUAAAAUGUAAAUAUGAAGAUGUGAACUAUGUUCUGUUGUCUCUAGUACUUUAUCUCUUAUUUGUUUAGGGAAGGCACACAAAGGCUUGUUUGUAUUUAUGCCAAUUCUUUGUCCAGAAGAAACACAUCAAAUAUUGAAUGUAACACAAUUAGUCCAAUAAAUUUUAAAGAUUCUUAUCUAGUAA